UCACCCGCCAAUAUCCGCACACUCACACACGCCUCACUCUUCACAUUAUCUGAGGAUUCACCACGACAAUCCCGUGACAGACUCUGGCGACCUCGCGAUUGUUUGCUCGUGACGACCGAGACCGCAGCGCAAGCACGCCCGCUCACCGAAACAACGAGAGCUUGCGCGACUUCACUGCAUUUGCUUCUGAUCGCGCGUUUGCACGCUUUCACACUGCGACUCACUCACAAUGCCAGACGUCAAACGAACCGUCAAGCUGGUCACCCAGCAGCGCAUCCUCCCAGAGCAAGAUGAGGGCUCCGAAAUUCCCAUGCGCGGAUGGGAGAUCUCCAUCUUCCUAGUUGGCUCGGACGGCGAAGAACUUCCCGCGACCUGCUUCGAAAAAGCGACAUAUCUGCUCCACGAGAGUUUCGGCAAGAGAGCUAAGCAAGUUUUCAAGAAUGCUCCAUUCACCAUCAAGGAGACGGGAUGGGGCGAGUUCGACAUGCAGAUCCAGCUCACUCCGAUCGGUGCUCCCAAGGGUGGUGAUCAGACCUUGCCGCAUGAUCUCAACUUCCAGCAGGAACAGUACGAGAGCACGCACAGCGUCACCUUCCGCAAUCCCAAGGGUGAGCUCCUCGAGCGCUUGAAGGACUCCGCACCCGCGGGCGAAGCCACCAACGGCGCAGCCCCUCCGAAAUCCGACAAGAAGCGUCAGAAGACCAGCCGCAACGUGGACAUGGAAAAGCUCGCCGAAGCCCUCCCACAGCUAGCAGAGGACGACCUCCUUCAAGUCGUGCAAAUGGUACAUGACAACAAAUCCGAUGAGACAUACACCAAGAACGACGUCGAAAACGGCGAGUUCCACGUCGACCUCUAUACCCUUCCGGAUCCGCUCAUCAAGAUGCUCUGGGACUUCACCGAGAAGCGCGUCGAUAUGGCCACCUUGGCAUAG